UGUGUAAAAUUAGAGGCCAUAUGAAAAUUUGGUGAGAAGAAGAAAUUAACCUAUAAGUUUAAUUAUUUUAAGUAAUAAGCAGUAGUAAUUGUUUUUAUUUAUGUAAUUUGUUUUUUGGUACAACUGUGAAAAAAAAAUGAAUUGUGAAGGUGUUCCUAUUUGUACGUUAUCAGUAAAAAGCUGUCCAUAUAUGCAAUUGAUAGAAUUAUUCACAAAUUUGUAUCAAAUAAAACCAAAGUUUUUUGUACGUGUUCCUGGAAGGUAAUUUCAUUUCAACUAAUGUAUUUCUGUACAUGGUGAACUUAAUAGGAGAACAUAUAGACUAUUGCGGAUAUUCGGUAUGCCCAAUGGCAUUAGAUCAAGAUGUUUUAUUGGCUGUUUCUAUAGAUACUGAUAAGAUGUUACAUUUACAUAAUACUGAUCCAAAAUUUGAGAAUUAUGUAUGUUCUAUUGAUAACAUAGAGAUUAAUAUUAAGGAAAAAGUGCCUCAUUGGUAUCAGUAUUAUCUUUGUGGUGUCAAAGGUAUCUUAGAUAUUUUGCCGAAUGAUGUAAAUUUAACAGGAAUGAAAGUUGUAGUUAGCGGUAAUGUACCACAAAGUGCUGGACUUUCUAGUAGCAGCGCUUUGGUUAGCGCAGCCGCUUUGGCAACAGCUCAUUCUCACAAGUUAUCUAUAUCCAAAGAAAAGAUGGCAAAUCUUUGUGCAGAUUGUGAGCGUUAUAUAGGAACACAAGGAGGAGGUAUGGAUCAAGCUAUUGCAUUCUUAGCAAAUGAAGGUUGUGCGAAACAUAUAGAAUUCAACCCCUUACGAUCAACAGAUGUUACUUUACCUGGAAGGGCGACUUUCGUAAUUGCACACAGUUUAAUUAGUAUGAAUAAAGCAGCAACCGCAGAUUUCAACUGUAGAGUGAUUGAGUGCCGAUUAGCAGCGCAGAUAUUGGCCUUUAAACAAGGCGUCGAUUGGACGAAAAUAAAGCGUCUAUCGGAACUUCAACAGGCUCUAUCUCUUAAUCUCUCCCAGAUGAUAUCCCUCGUCGAAUCGACUUUACACGAACAGCUUUAUACUAUAGAUGAGAUCGUGACCGAACUUGGAACGUCUUUUCAGGCGCUCGAAGCGACAUCUCUCACGCCUAACACGAAACAGAUCAAAACUUUCAAACUGCGACAAAGAGCGUUACAUGUUUUUAAUGAGGCUCUUAGAGUGAAAACAUUUAUAGAAGUGUGUUCCAGAGAUAACGCGGAAGGCGAUGGAUUCAACGAUCAAGUUUUACCGACGUUAGGACGACUCAUGUCAGAAAGCCACGAAAGCCUCAAAGAACUAUACGAGUGUAGCCAUCCUCAAUUGGACAGAUUAGUGGAAUUAUCGAAAAACUACACUUUCGGUACAAGAUUGACAGGAGCAGGCUGGGGCGGGUGUACAGUGUCACUAUUAUCUCCAGAAAACGUUGAAAAAUACAUGGAUUUCUUGAAAGAAAACUAUUACAAGGAGCUUGGAAUUGUGGAAGGAUUUUCAUCAAUUCUAUUUGCCACCGCUCCUCGGGGAGGGGCUUGUAUUUACGUUUGAAAAUACUUCUGUUAUCGACUGAGUUGUCGGAAUCAGGAAAAGUAAAUAAAUUUUCAGCCUAUAGGACAACCUUUAAUUUCCUGGAACAUAAUUUCAUGUUAGACAAGGUUGUUUGGAAUGAAAUGAAAUUAAUAAAAUUUCAAAAAUUAGAAAA